GUACGCAAAUGUUAACAAGUUCACGUAACUGGUCUGCCAAACUUCAAAUGAUUUAUGACGAAUCAAUUAGAUUCUGUGUUGUUGUUGUUGUUUUUAUUUUUUUAUUUAUUUAUUUUUUUAAUCUUUUUUAUUUUGCUUUUCUUGACGUGUUCACGCUCAGCAUGCAAACGACGGUACAUUACAACAAGAAAUCUCCAUUAUUAUAACGUCAAAGCUCUGAUUUGUAGACACAGCUUAUGUCCUGUGUUUACACAACACGAAUGACUCGAAAAUCACAGGUGUCUCUAUUUCCCAGCGCAUACGUAAGAGUGACCCUUUAUUUACAGACAAGGAAAACCCCAACAGCGUAUGAAGAAGAAAACCACGCGAGAAGAAAAAUCUCUCAAAACCUGGGAAACAUGAUGGUUUUAUUCAUUUAUACGGUCGUGACGCUGCUGUAUGUACACGCCGGUGUUGCGCAGGACUUCAUUGAAAUCCUUCAACCAAAGAACACAAGUGUCUGGGUGGCAAAUGGCAAGACUCGGCGAGUUGCUUUCGCUUAUGACGAAGGAGAGAUAGACAAGUGGCUUUUGGAGAUAUUAGACAACCAAAGCAAAGCAGUUUAUUCAUAUCCAGAUGACAUAAUAAUUCCGCAGAUCCGAGGAGGAAAAUCAGUUUAUGAAAAGAAUUUAGUCGUGCCUGAGAGUUUAAAGAGUGGCGAAUAUCGUUUGAGAAUAUGUGGAUGGAUGAAAGACAACAAGAAAGUAUGUCAAAAAACGGCUGCGUUUCAUAUUGAGGGAGACCAAAUGAAAAAUGACAAUGAAGAACUUCAACCUCACGAAAAGAGAUUUAAAGCAAGACUUACAACUCACGAAGAUUAUAUGAGGAAACUAGAGGUUGAAGAUGUCUGGCCGAUACACGAAACACAUUGUACCAUACCGAAGAUACAUAAGCCCACUACAGAGGAGUUUAACGAGAAAUGCAUGAAACCAGGUCAAGCUUGUAUCAUUACGGGCAUGACGGACGACUGGAAAGCGAUGAACAAAUGGCCAUUUGAGAAGUUUCAACACGAUCCACGUCUUGAGGAAGGCGUUUACAUUGGUCAGCGGACCACGCUAGUGCCUUUAACAAGUUACGUGAAAUAUCUGAAGGAGAGAGCUGCCAAUGAGACUUCACCCUGGGUUAUCUUCAUGCCAGAUGUGUUUGAUCUGUAUCCCGAGCUACGAGAGGACUAUACCGUACCGGAUUUCUUCUCUGAAGCAGACGACUUUUUGACGGGUGUAGAAGAUGAGCUUCGUCUUGACUGGCGCUGGAUCAUCAUGGCUGCCAAGAGGAGUGGCUCAGGAUGGCAUGUAGAUCCGGCUAAUACAACCGGGUGGCUGGCUCUUAUACAGGGGGCUAAACUGUGGGGAAUGUACCCUCCGUCUGUGUACCACAUCCCAGGUGUCAAGAACAACUUCUACCAGAAAAGAGAUUAUGACAUGGAGGAUGCGUUUUACUGGUGGAUUUAUACUCGACCAUACUUGAAAAGUAAUCUUCCCAUCGAGUGCGUACAGAAGCCGGGUGACAUUGUGUUCAUCCCUAGCGGCUGGUGGCACAGUGUUCUAAAUCUUGACCAUACAGUUAGCGUCACACAAAACUUUUGUAACAAAUACAGCUUAAGAACGUGUCUAACGGAGCUAAAGGAGCAAGCUGACAGUGACGGAAACUUUAUCGGAAAAACUUUUGAACAGCUCAGAGAACUGUACGCCGAGAAAUAUCCGGAGUAUUUUGAGGAAGAUGAUCUGGAGUUUGAGGCACCCAUCCAAGGACAUGGACUAACGGAGGCAGAUGAAAAGUCGAGAAGGCUGGAAGCCUUAAAAGAAUUUCUUUCUGGGAAAAGCCAAACAAUUGUUUGAAGCUUGGUCGUCGAGAGGAACCUCUAGCAACAGAUUAAUUUAGAACACUGACUAAACUUAGAAAUUAGAGGCAGAAGGUUUGGUUUGUUCGUUCAUUUUGGUUUCCCUUGACAUCAUUAGCGGUCUCGAUCUGAUGUUGGAGCGGAAAAAUUCUCAACCUCGUUCCCAGGGUCCCCGAGAAGACCUCGGAGCGAAGUUGCAAAAUUCAAUAACAAUGACCGAGCCGAAUUUCAGAUUGGUUGAUAUCGCGUGUCGAAAAUCCGUGUGUAACUAAGCAACACACGAUCAGAGUCAUGGACCUCAAUAGUGGCACCGAAGCAGGGUUAAAGGCUGCCUACUAUUUAGCCAAAAGAUCCUGAAAUUUAGAUUGAAAAUUAAAACAGUAAUUUUCCAGAAAAUCAGUUGGGAAGUUGUAGACUGCCUUCAAAGGCACUCCUCUUUUCCCGUUCGAAACGAAAGGGCGGAAAUUCACUUACCAUGUGCUUAAUUUCCCAGUUUCCAGUCUCCCAUCAGCCGUAAAAAAAAAUUAUGGGAAAUCGAAUCCUCCGUAGAAAAAAAAGAUGGCGACUGAUACAUUUACCCAUAGUUCGUGACGCACAAAAACUUUAACAACGCUCAUAAAAACGCCGUUCAGAAACGGUCUGCUGACAUCUUAAAACCUAACAUACACGUAUACGAUGUCGUUAGCACACGGACAAAUAUUAACAUUGCAAAAAUAUAACUUUCCUUGCAAUUUAUGGACUGUGUAAGGCUAGCAUGGUAUUGUGGUAAAAUGUUCAGCCGCCAUCUUUGACAUCGUUUUUUCCUAUGGAAGAUUGUAAAUGGCAAGCUCCCCUUUGAAUUUUGAGACCGUCAUUACCUCUAUCCAACAAUCAUUCUGACCGGUCUACUUCGGCAGAUGGUAGGCACUCAAUAUUUCUGGCUGGAAUUUCAGAAGUCUUCAUGAUCAACCUUACUGACUGAAUGAGCGAGCGACACGAAACCGUGUGUUUUCUAUAACCCAGGGCAUAAUCUUUCUUUAGUAGAAGUCUGGUAAAAAUAGUGUGCAGAGGAAAGUGUUAGUAAGCCUUCAAAUCGUAUUAGCAUGUUUUGGGAGGCAUAUUCGUAAAUUUUACUAAAUGUCAUUCAUUCAAAAUAAAAACGUGACUG